AUGCCUGCGGUCUUGGUCGGAAAUAUGAUGACAUCCACACCGACUUUGCAAGCUCCCCUCAUGGAAGCCCCCUCCGCCGACAAGAAGCGAAACAAGCUGGGAUACCAUCGCACAUCUGUCGCAUGCGUACACUGCCGACGCCGAAAGAUUCGAUGUCUCGUGGCUGCGGAUGACGCUCAGGGUCGAUGCGAAAAUUGCAUCCGACUGCGCAAAGAAUGCCAGUUCUUCCCCGUCGAUCAGCAGCCGCCAGUAGAGAGGAAAUCCCGGCCAAACUCCCGAUUGGAGAGUGCCUCGACAGACCCUUCGACCACUUCGUCCUCGCCGCCUCCCCUCGGUGGUGGCCCGGACCAUGGAGAGUCGUACUACUCGUACCAACCCAUGCCCAUGGCCGGCCAGGAUGCCGCGGGGUAUCCGACCACAACCUUCCCCGGCCAUCCCAUGUCGGGUUUUGUACCAGGAUCCACCGACUUUGCGACAGCACCCUUAGAUCCCUCGGUGCCGUGGGAUGAAUUCACCACCAUUUCCGAUCAACAGAUGCUGAACAACAUGGCCGUGGGGAAGCCCCCGAUGAUGAAUAUGUCCGGACACGUAUGGAAUUCGGGGCCCAACGCAAUGGCACCCAUGCCACCCACCCCGGGAAUGCCCGCAACGCCAACAGUGCCGUCGCAGUCGCAGCCCAUCAGCCCCGUACAAACAUACGCUGUACAACCCGAUGGUUCAGUCUGGCCCGUGGCCCCGCUACCACGCUCGAUGACCUUCCCGACACAGCCGGAUAUGGCAGCGUAUCCGAAUCCGAGCCAGUUCAAUCAGCAGGUGCACCCGGACCUCAAGCGCAGGAUGACCAGCCCAGCCCAGGGGUUCCCUGCAACCCAGAUGAACCCGCAGAGCCCUCCGCCGGCCGACUUGCAGGGGACAACGGUGUCUAUGUCAUAUCCCGGGCAGCCGGCCACCAUGGGCUACCCCGGGUGGCAAGACAUGAACGGCUUGUCGACAAUGAAUGUUGUUCAGUAUCCGAUGUUCCCAGGGGGUCCCACGCAGCAGGCGGCAUUCGGCACACCCCCGGCACACAUGGGGCAUCCCGGGCAGGGCCCACCACCAGCGUCAUAA